AUGGCGCUUCUCCUCGCCAAACGCCAGCAAAGGUUCCCUUCGAACCCAUCUUUCAUUCGGUUUCUCUCCAAUUCCUCAUCGGACUCACCUCCAAAAGACGUGAACGAAUCGAUUGAAAAACCCUCCCAGUCACCGUCUUCUCCGUCGGACUUCUCGUACUCUUCUCCCUUCACCGACAUCAAAACAACCCUGAAGCAGAGAUUACAGCAGCAGCAGGAGCAAGGGAGAAACCCAUUUCCCAGAUCCGAUGCCCCAGCUCAGAAUCGGGGUCCGAUUAGGUUCUCCGAUAACCAGUCGCGCGGGUCGUCACAUGAUUUGGGGAAGAACCUCGCCAAUUUCGAGCGGAGAUCCACCGUUCCACCACCGAGGGAUUCAGGCGGUGUACUGCCAUCACAGCCUCGGCCGCAGAUUUCAUUGGAAGGUCUCUUUAAGCAGAACGCUGCACCGAACUCAUCGGCACCUAGAAAUCGGAAAGGCCAGGACUUCAAUUCGAAGAACCUAUUCGAAGAUCUGAAGAAUUUGAAGUCGCAGUCCUACACUUCAUUCAACAUGGACAAGGCGGGAUUAUCUUUACGAGGUUUCAAGGAUACUUUGAAGACGACACCCGAAGAAAACGUUAGCUCCGGGGAAGAAAUGAAUGGUAGGAAUGGAAGAGAAGGUGAAACAGAGAAAAUGGUGACCGAGUUCCUAAAGUUUUAUAGCGAAGAGGAAUUAGGCGAGAAGCUGAAGAUGCUUAGGCCGGAGGGAAAUAAAGGAGAAGGAUGGUUCUCGUUGCAGGAGUUGAAUCAGAGGUUGGUUAAGCUAAGGCAAGUGGAAGAGAAAGAGGCCCUGAAUCGGCGUGGGAACUUUGCGGCACUCACAAAUGUUAUAGCAACAAUGAAGGAGGAUGGUGUCAAAAACGAAGAGCAGAAUUUCGACAUUAUGGGUAUGGUCAAUUGGCGUACGCCUGAGUACAAGCUUCAUCCUCCAAAAGAGGAACUAUUUGAAACUUAUUUCCACCCAGAUAACAUGUCCUCUGCGGAGAAGAUGAAAUGCGAGCUCACGAAAGUCAGGGAAGAGUUCAAGAUGUCGGAAUCAGACUGUGGUUCUGCACGUGUGCAAGUGGCGCAACUCACUACUAGAAUCAAGCAUUUGUCAUCUGCUCUGCACAAAAAGGACAAGCAUUCACGGAAGGGACUUCUAGGAAUGGUGCAGAAACGAAAGAAGCUGUUGAAAUACCUUAGACGAACUGACUGGGAUUCUUACUGCCUUGUCCUGUCAAAACUCAGCCUUCGUGACAACCCUGAUUACAAGUUCUAA